AUGGCCGCCUCUACGGUGUGUGUAGCCAUGUCGUCCUUAAGGCGAAUAAACUGUCACUUUUUUCAGAUAAUGAAUCAAGUAUGCAGAAGGGCGACAUAUGCCACAGCCCUAUCAGUGACCAGUGGUACCUCGAAUAAAGGUGUUCCUGCAAGAGGUAACAGGGGAGCUUUUAUCAGAAGACCGAAGCGAGAGGCUGGAGAACCACGAUCGGAGAAGAUGCCUGUGGACCAGGACUGGACCGCGGUGUACCCGACUGCAGCCUCUUUCAAGGCCGCCACCGUCCCGCUGCCUGUCCGCAUGGGCUACCCGGUGAAGCGGGGUGUGCCCCCGGCCAAGAAGGGCAAUCUGGAGCUCAUCAAGAUUCCGAACUUUCUGCAUUUAACCCCAGCAGCAAUAAAGAAACACUGUGAAGCUUUGAAGCCCUUCUGCACAGAGUGGCCGUCGGCCCUGAACUCGGACUCUAAGUGUGAGCAGUUCUUCCCCAUCCGCGUGGAAACCAAAGACUACGCCUCCGCUGGUCCGUCACUGAGGAACCCCCGGGCCCGCGUGGUCACGCUUCAGGUGAAACUGUCCAGUCUGAACCUGGAUGACCAUGCGCGGAAGAAGCUAAUUAAACUUGUGGGUGACCGUUACUGCAAGGACACAGACACACUGACCAUCACCACAGACAGCUGUCCUCUGAGGAAGCAGAACUACGAUUAUGCCAUGUACCUCCUCACUGUCCUAUACCAUGAGUCCUGGAAAGUGGAGGCCUGGGAGAAGGACAAGACCCUGGCGGACAUGGAGGAGUACAGCUGGGAGGACAGCCUGUCGCAGAGGAACACUCUGGACACCCUGCUGCGCAUGCGGGGGGAGGAGGGGGACGCGGGCGUGGCCAGAGAGGAGCUGCUGGGGACCGCCGAGGUGCAGAAGUACAGAGACUCUGUCACCAGGCUGAAGAACGAGGGAGACAACGAGAGCAGCGUACUGCAGUACAAAGAAGCGGUGAAGAAACUGUUCAACCUCUGAGCCACACACACACACACACACACACACUGCAGUACAGAGACGCUGUGAAGAGACUGGUCAACAUCGAGUCCUUCUCUCUCACACACACACACGCACACACACGUGCAAAUUCACACGCAAACAGACCAAGACUGAGUUACUCGUGACAUCACUGUGCACUGAGAGUGGUGGUCACAGAUAAUACCCCAGGACUGGAUCCAUCAGCCCUUUUUUUUUUCCUCCAGAUGAAAGUACAUUCUUUUCUGUUGU